GAUAUAAUAGUGUCAUUAGACUUUGUGUCAUUAAACGUUUUGUGCUCGAAAUAACUUUUGUUGACGUUAACGCGAAUUUAAAUAAGCUAAUUAUCUAAAUUUGUUGCAGCCAAACUCCGUGUCAAUGCGUGAUUUUUUUUUACUUUGCCACCAGAGUUAAUACGCUGUCAGAAAGUUUGAACCCAGGUUUACCAGUAUUAUUAUUUCUCAACACAGCAGUCUCCUUGACUCCCCUCCAGCCGUCUGCCAUCCCUCUCAUGAGGAUCCAGAGCUGACCUUUCUCCAGGAUGGAGCUGGCCCCGCCUGUCCCGCAGACACUAUUGGAGCCCCAGAGGAAAGGGACGUCUCUGCCCCUGAACCAGCUGGUGGAGGAGACCAGGAGCAAAACCCUCCCAAAUCAUCUGCUGGAUUCAAAAAUCUACGCCAGACUGAAAAGUAACAGUCACAUCGAAGCAGACCCCGCUUCACUUCACUUCAGCGGCUUUGAGCUUGGGAAGAGUUACACCAAGACCGUGAAUCUAAUCAACAUUUCAAGUGCACCGGUGAACAUUCACAUAAUUCCAACUGUAACAAAGCACUUCCAUACAACGUACACCAAAAAGGAUCGGCUGAUCCCUGGCCUGGCCUACACUGUGAAUGUUGCGUUCUGCCCAGACGAUUGGCAUUACUUCAGCGACUGCAUCCGUGUUCACUGCAAGGAUGAAGAGAACCUGUUAAUUCCAAUCCAUGCUUACCCUGUCAUCAAUGACCUACACAUCCCCACUCACAUCAACCUCUCUGCCAUACCGCUUGGACAAAGUGUUCAGCAUGUAAUUCCCCUGAGUUGCAGCUGUCCAGUUGACUUUGAGUUUCAGGUGUACAUUGUUCAGCCACAUGAUGCCUACUCCAUCCACCCCCUCGCAGGUGUGAUACCAGCCAAUGGGGAAGUUCUGAUGACCGUGACGUUCUGUCCUCUCCAGUAUGAAACGUCUCAGUUCACCUUCCAGCUGGUCGUCUCACAGUUCAACACCAAGCCCUACUUGUGCACCAUCACCGGGUUCUCCAGGCCCAAUUUACCACUCAGAACACCACAUGUUAGAUAUGGAGCCCCCGCAGAACACGGAGGUCGUCCUACCCCACCAUCUUCUGGACGUAAAAGCAAGCAGACCUCAGUCAAGGAGGCUGACAAAUUAAAGGCAGUGAAAGAUGAGGCGGAUGUUCCCCAACCAUCUUCCAUGGAUGUCUGUAGCCCUGGAGGGGUGGCGAAAAUUCUCAUCAAAGACACGACCUUCUCCUGCGGCAGUACGAAAGAAAAUGUAAACAGUCAGAUGAAAGAGGCUCUCUUCAUGAAAAAGGUUCAGCAGGCUACCGAGGAGGAGGAAUACAAGUAUAUCAAAUGCCAAGUUUAUCUAGGUGUGGAGCCGAUGUCGGAGAAAAGGCAGCAGCGGAUACUGGAGGAGAGAGAGAUGGCUCUGCAGGAAUACAUGGUCAAAAAAAGAGAUCAGAGGCAAGAUGAAGACUUCGUUCCCAGGCAGACCCAACUAUCGUCUAAACGGAUGCUUCGACAUAACAAACAGGAUCGAGAUGAAGCACCGGUCUUCCAGUUGUACACCAGCAUUUACUGGGACCUGAGGCAGAGAACGCUCACACUUUUCCAGCAGGCAGCUCGGAAGGUGGUGAUCCGACGCCGGAUGCAGCGCAGACUGGCAUCUUUAAAGAAACUGGUGGACAGUAUAAAGAAGGCUCCCUCAACGGAGAACGCUAAGGACAGAGCAAGUGUCAUUUCUCUAGGCAACGUGUUGCCGUCAUCUUUCCCAAAUUCCCCCCAUGAGGACAAUUCCUCGGUUCUCAGGAAUUUUGCGGCUCUGCCUGUGGAUCCUAACAAUAUGACCGUGACAGGACACAUUCCUUUCUUGAACCUCCAGGUUCCCCAGCACUACCAGCUGAUGCAAUACCAACCCGCUUCUCCCUGGGAAGGGUUUAGCUCCUAUUGUCCCACUACACUGGCCAGACCUCUUCGUGCUGCAGCGCCGGAAGUGCAGAGAGAUAAGGGUCCAGUUGAAGAGGUAGAGAGAAUGAUGGAUCGGGGGACUUCAGAACUCUCCUUCACACCUCCUGAAGCUCUCAUCAGGCCUUUCCAUGCAAAUCCUCUCAGAAUCUUUAACCCGACCCCGGGCCUUCUGGCUUUUAAACUGCAGCCCAAGUACCUGGAGAGCGACACGGAGGUUCACCUCUGUGCUCUGCCAAAGUUUGCACUGUGUGACAACAACAGAUCUGGAUUAAUUCCACUAACUCCACAGGCUCACUUUCUCCAUUUCCAGGAAAUAACCGGCAUGGACGUAAAACAGAUCUCCGUCCCAAUCACCAAUACGACCUCACCUCGUAGGUCCGUCGACUAUGAUACAGACAUCCUUCCCCUCUUUGCUCCUCCUCUUCUCCCUGGCCUCCCUGAUGAUUAUCAUCUGCAGCUAACCGAGUCCUCGUGUGAAGGUCCGGGAAUCCAGCUUACGCCAGAGAUGAUCAGAGCCGAGUUCCCGUUGAGGAAAGCUCCCGUCACCAAUAGCAUCCCCAUCAUAGGGAUAACACCCAGGGUGACGGUGAUCUACACAUCUGACAUCAACCCGAUGCAAGCAAGACUCAUGGCCAGGCUGGAAGAGCUCGAUGAAGAGGAGCUUGAAUAGGCAAAAAGGCGCUGCACACACACACACAUACACACAUCAUCUUCAGGAAUAAACACUACUGCUUUUCUCCGGAGGCACAUUAUUCAGCAGCCAUCCCACUCAA